CAAACCAUUACCAUGUCAAACCACAGAGCUGGAACUGUUCCUCUGAAAACUACUUGAUGAAGUGCUGAACCAGCAGUUUGGGGCAAUAGAGUGUCGCUUAGAGGCUUGUUAAACAACAAGCCAGGGCAAAAACAACAACAACAACAUGUUUGGGAAGAAGAAGAGAGCACCGCAGCCCAGAGGCCAGGGCGCUGCUGCUGCCAAGCAGAUGGGUCUGUUUGUAGACCUGGACCCUGAGGAGAUGCUGAUGGGUAUGGAGGAGAAUCUGGACGACCCGGACUUGGAGGCUGAACUUGCUGCUAUCACUGGAAAUAAAGCUGCUGCUGGAGGGAGAGCCAAGCAGAAGGGGAGAAGCCCGCUGCCCAUGGAAGACAUCGCAAGAAUGGCUGACGAGUGCAUGAGAGAUGUGGAUGAGGAUGAAGAUGACAGUAACCUGGAAGAUGAUGAAGAUCUAUUGGCCGAGCUACAGGAAGUGGUGGGUGAGGGGGAGGCUGAGGAUGCUCUAACUGUUUCCUCUCCAUCCUCUGCCACUGCUGAAUCUUCUCAAGCUGAAACACCAGAGUCUCCACCGCCGCAGCAGCAAGUCUCCACAGCAGCGCCCGGCAGCCUCCAACACACCCUGGAGGAGAGAGUAGCCAUGUACAAGACGGCCUUACAAAACGCCAAGACUGCAGGGGAGACGUCCAAAGCACGCAGAUACGAUCGGGGCCUGAAGCGUUGCUCUCCACAGACUCUGGAGACGAUGGUAGCUGCUGUGAAAAAAGGGAGACCCGUGAACGAGGCAGAGAUCCCUCCUCCUGUUGCCACCGGAGCCCAGAGUUCCGCCUCUCAUCCUGCUGUUCCACAACGACCUGCUCCCCCUGUACCCUCGCCUCCCGAAUCCACUCCUUCAGAUGAGCAGGGGCGGUCGGUACCAGAGGUCAUCACCCCCAGCAGCGAAGAAGAGCAGUCCUCCUCCACCCUGCCCACGCUGAGCAGCGUUCCAUCUCCAGAGGAGCUGACAGAGGAACCUGCCGACCCGUCUCAGACAGAUGCGAACGAGGCGACCAAGAGGAUGCUGCUGGAGAGGCAGAAAGAAUACAAGAUGGCAGCCCUGAGAGCCAAGAAGCAGGGAGACAUCGAGCAAGCUAGGCUUUACUUCAAGACCAGCAAGAGGUUCGAUGCAGUGAUUGGGGCGUUGGAGAAAGGACAAGCAGUUGACCUGAGUGGCCUUCCUCCGUCUCCAGGACAGGGAGGAGGCUCUGCUCCAGUGAAGGAAGCCUCCUCUGGUCAAAACAUGCACAUCACUCAACCGGUUGCAGAAGCUCCAGCUCCUGCACCCCCAUCAGCCCCUGCAGCUCCCAAAGACGUGCUGGAGGCUCUCGAGCAGAGACGAGCCAAGUAUGUGGAGGCGUCCAAUCAGGCCAAAGCCAGCGGAGACGACCGCAAGGCCCGAAUGCACGACCGUAUCGCCAAGCAAUACCAGAGUGCCAUCCGAGCUCACAAAGCAGGAAAAGCAGUCAACUUUGAGGAGCUGCCAGUUCCCCCUGGUUUUCCUCCAAUCCCUGGCCAGAAGGCGACGGGAGCUGAGCAGGGAUUCGUUGCUGCUCUGGUGGCAGCCGAUAAGCUGGCGUCCACUGAUACCACUGAAAUAGCAGACGAAGAAGAAGAGGAUGAGAACGAAGAGGAGUCUAAGCCUGCUGUUCCAGAAGAGCCAAAGAGGCUCACGUUAGACGUCCCCACCGGAGGUCAAGGCAGGAAAAGGACUCCGUCAGCUUCACCUGAGAGAUCAGCCGCCAGGGAAGGACUUUCACCAACAGUGGCUCAGCAGCUGGAGUUCCUGGAGGGCAGGAAGAAGCAGUACAUGAAGGCGGCCCUGCAGGCGAAGCAGAAGAACGACAUGGAGCAGGCCAAGAUUUUCCUCCGCACCGCCAAGGGCUUCGACCCCAUGAUCGAGGCAGCACGCCACGGCAAAACUGUGGACAUCAGCACGGUGCCGUCGCCCCCUGCUGACGAAGAUGAGGACUUCAUCCUGGUUCAUCACAGUGACGUGCAGAUCUCAGAGAAAGCAGAGCAGGUUUACACACAGCUGGCCAAGAUCCUCAAGGAGCAAUAUGAGAAAUGCAUGACUCACUCCAAGCAAUUCACACACCUGGGGAACGUCACCGAAACAACAAAGUUUGAGAAGAUGGCGGAGAGCUGUAAGAAGAGUCUGGAGGUCCUGAAGCUGGCUCAGUCGAGAGGUCUGCCCCCUCCUAAACAUCACUUUGAGGAGAGGUCCUUUCACACUGUCAGGAUAUUUCCAGACCUGAGCAGCACUGACAUGGUUGUUGUUAUCGUCAAAGGGAUGAAUCUUCCUGCUCCUAGUGGGAUCCAAACAAACGAUCUGGAUGCCUUCAUCAAGUUUGACUUCCCGUACCCGAGCACGGAGCAGCCGCAGAAGCACAGAACAGCUGUCAUCAAGAACACCAACUCCCCCGAAUAUAACCAGAGCUUCACCCUGUCGAUCAACCGUAGCCACCGCGGCUUCAGGAGGGUGGUGGCGUCCAAAGGCAUCAAACUGGAGCUGCUGCACAAAGGCGGCUUCUUGCGGAGCGACAAGCCGAUCGGGACGGCCCUCGUCAAGCUGGACAAACUGGAGUCCCAGAGUGAAAUCAGGGAGAUCGUAGAGGUGAUGGACGGUCGGAAGCCCACAGGGGGUCGCGUCGAAGUGAAGAUCCGCCUGCGGGAGCCUCUGAGCGGACAGGACAUGCAGACGAGCACCGAGCGCUGGCUGGUGAUCGACCACUCGCAGGUUCUCGUUUAGAUGCUGUUGCAAGAUUAAAGAUGAUUUAUGAGAUAAAGAAUAAAGGCACUCAAUCGGAAACACUCGGAGGAGGAGGUCUGCUCUUCAGGACUGGACUCAGACCCACGUGGGUCUUAGACUUGUUAAAACUUUUGCACAUUUGCAAGACACAGGAGUUCCCUUUCACACUGCAGUCCACCAGGAGGAGACAUGGAGCUGGUUUUCAGUAGGUCAGCUGGUCUCUGGCUCAGGUCUCCAGUCUGAGCAGCGGCUAAAACCCGAUGACACCGGCCGACAGACACGUUUAUCGCUGUCGUGCACCUGGUUUGUGAUGUCGCACAGAUCGUUGUCCGGGUGAAUGCAGAUAUAAGCUUGCGAUGCAUCAGGCCCACAAGCUCCCUGUGAGAUUUCAAUCAGAGCAAACUGUUCAGGCAACGAUCGCAGUUGUGCAGAAAGUCUCCUCGUGCAUCACAUCACCUCCUGGAGGACGGCAGGCAGCGUGUCCUCUGCUAAUGUUAAAGGGGCUCAGUGUCGAGUUAACCUGAUCCUGCUGCCCGACAUGACUCUAGUUAAUAUAUCAAAGAACGUGUACAUAUUCCUCAUAUUAUACAGCUCUGGUAUCUAGAACUGCACCUAUGCACUAAUACCAAAGUAAUCACUGUUGCUGUAAAAUCCUGCAUAUUUGAAAUCGCCUUUAUCUGCCAAACCUGUUAGGAUGACUCGAGAGCUCAAUGUGCGAAGGGACACGGACAGUUUUUAUUGUUUUUCCACACUGCUUAUCUGGGUGUGAGAAGGCAGGCAGAUGCAGCACCCUCAUAGACGUUUUAUAGGAGUAAGCCAGGAAAUUAUGAUGCUACACAAGGUACAGUUAUAGGAUUAUUGUGAACCGCACUCCCUUUUUGGCACCUUUUAACUUUGAUUAGUUUGUCCUCCAACUGUGGUCACUUAACUGCACUCUCACUAAUCUGUGGCUUUAAGUUUGUUAGUUACAUUUGUCUUGUUUUAUACUCGAUAGCACAGAAUCACAACUGAGCUGAUAUUUGAGUUUCAGUCUACAAAGCUAAAUAUUAACUUUGAGGCACACAGGGAUUAUUGAACAGAUGAUAAAGUGGUUCAAAAGACAUCUGAAGUAAACAGAGUUGGAUGACUAAACGUUCAUCCUGUACAUAUAUAAAAAGUUCGACCAUUUUGGAAAAUAUGCUUAUGCAGAGAGUUAGACGAGCAGAUCGAGACCACUCAUGUCUGUGCUGUUAACCAUGAAGCUAAAGGCAGGACACAAUUAGCUUAGCUUAGCAUAAAUGCUAGACACAGGGGCAAGCAGUUAGCCUGGUUUUCUCUGAAGUUCAAAAAUAGACCUGCCACACCUUUAAAGCUUACAAAUUAACACACUUGUUUAAUCUGUACAUAUGCAGAAAUGUAAAAACCAACAAUUUGUGCUUUCGGAGGGAGUUAUAUAUUUCUUGGCAGCGACUUCCUGGAUCUGUGCUUAUCAAUAUGCAGUUACUUUUGUUUUUUAAAACUUUGGACAGAGCCAUGCUAGCUGUUUCCCCCCCUGCUUCUAGCCUUUAUGCUAAGCUAAGCUAAUCACCUCCAGACUCCAGCUCCAUAUUUAACACACAAACAACAGAGUGGUACAGAUGGUCGCAUUGAAUAAGUUCAUUUCCAAAAGGUCAAACUAUUCCUUUAAAAGUGUCGAACUACUUUUUAAAACUAUGCAUCAGAUACUAAAUAUUUGGAUGAAUCCUUUAUAAAUAUCUUUUAUUAAAGGGGCAGUUCACCCAAAUUACAGAAGGCUUUAUAUUUUCUUUUCUGCUGUGGUACAAACGCAGACUGAAUUUAUUUUGUGCUGCUCAAAGCUUUAAAAAUACUAACAAUAUUUAGAUUGAAAGUUGGCCUUUAAUUUUGAAGUAAUUUGAGUGUACUGUCCCUUUAAAGUCUCAGCCGCAGCAUUGUAGUUAAUGCUACACAAGAAGCCAUAACAAACAUCCUGAGCCAACUACAUAAGAACCAUUUUUCCAACUGGUUUACCUCAACACUGUCCGCAAACAUUACCGAGGUCACAGCAUUUCACCUUUUUGUUGGCAGUUUUUAACAUCACGAAUCAAGUAACUAGUAAAUAACCCCAAGUUUACUCUGAACAUUGGCCUGAAUAAUUAAAACAUACCGUCGCUCAUCAUUUCACUGUUUCAUUUUCAUCACCUACUUGUUUACAAAGAUGAAAGAUGUCACAUUUAUAUUUACAAAAUGCUACAAAAAUAAUCUCUGAAACAGAUCGAAGGCUAUAUUUUGUUUUUGAAUUGUGGACUGAAUUUGCCUACCAUGCUUAAGAACGUACCAAUUAAAAAACACCUUGUUUUAAUUUUGCUCAACUGUGUUGCUUUCUUCCACUAAAAACGCUCUGAUUUAGGACAACGGGCUGUUGACACUGAACAGAAGGCAAAAACUAAGCACUCA